AUGCCUCCCAAGAAAGCCCCCGCUGCCGCCAAGGAGAACGUCACUCUCGGCCCUCUGGCCGGUGAUGGCAAGCUCGUCUUCGGCGUUGCCCGUAUCUUCGCCUCUUUCAACGAUACCUUCGUCCACGUUACCGAUCUCAGUGGUCGCGAAACCAUCUGCCGUGUCACCGGUGGUAUGAAGGUCAAGGCUGACCGUGACGAGUCCUCUCCCUACGCUGCCAUGUUGGCCGCUCAGGACGUUGCUGCCCGCUGCAAGGAGCUCGGCAUCAACGCUCUGCACAUCAAGAUCCGUGCCACUGGUGGUAACGGCACCAAGACCCCCGGUCCCGGUGCUCAGUCCGCUCUCCGUGCUCUCGCCCGUUCCGGCAUGAGAAUCGGCAGAAUCGAGGACGUUACCCCCACUCCCUCCGACUCUACUCGUCGCAAGGGUGGUCGCCGUGGUCGUCGUUUGUAGAUAUGUGCGGGUAUGUCUUUCUCUCUUCCGCGCUGUACGAGCUUUCUGCAGCGCUGGAUAGGAGGCUACCAGCAGGGCUUUUGGCCUGUGAAAGUGGAUGGAAUAAACGCGAAGAACGGCGCUCUAGCCUGGUCUUCAAUUUUUUCAUGUCCAAAAUGGUUGUUUUCGGCUUUGGGGUUCAGUAGUUUGUGGCUUUCGUGACAACUGCUCAGGUCAAUAUAACUCGAAC